CUCCUCCUAGACAACAAACCCACAUUCAAAGAGGGGCACACGCGUUACGUCACGCUCCGUGUGGAGAAUAUAACGGAGGUGGCGCGUUACGCACAGCGCUUUUCUGUCGGAGGGAGACACCGGGAGCAUCAUGCCGAGGCCGCGCGCACCGAGCCCGAGGACACAUCUGAGCGUCGUCACGAGAAAAUAAAGUUUUAUAUUCUGUCACGGGGAUUUUUCAUCAUGGGAAACUGAGUUUUCACGGGACACUUGAAGACGCAGGUUUGGAUUUUUUUUAUUUAUUUUUUUGUUGGCUCACGCGUAAUUGCGCACAAGAAAAGAUAAAAGCUCCCCUCUUGUGCGCGCUGAUCUCCCCAAGCAGCCCCGACAUGGAUCAGAGCCCCCAGCAGUGUGUGGCCAUGUAUCUGCUGCUGCUCUCCCUCGGACUUCUCAUGGACAGAGGGAUCUGUCAGCACUACUACCUUCUGCGCCCCAUCCCGAGUGACAGUCUGCCGCUUGUGGAAUUAAAAGAGGACCCGGACCCGGUGUUCGACCCCAAGGAGCGGGACCUUAACGAGACCGAGCUGAAGAGCGUCCUGGGGGACUUUGACAGCCGCUUUUUGUCCGUUUUACCGCCGGUGGAGGACAAAUACCCCGGGAACGAUGAGCUGGAUGACUUUGAGGCGCUAAAGCCGGGUGGAGUUCUGCCCAAGGAGAUCCGGGCGGUGGACUUCGACGUGCAGCUCGGCAAGAAGCACAAGCCCAGUAAGAAACUGAAGCGGCGGCUGCAGCAGUGGCUGUGGGCGUACUCGUUCUGCCCGGUCGUGUACACGUGGACCGACCUGGGGAACAGGUUCUGGCCGCGGUUCGUGCGCGCGGGCAGCUGCCUGAGCAAAAGGUCGUGCUCGGUGCCGGAGGGGAUGGUGUGCAAGCCCGCCAACUCGACCCACCUGACGGUCCUGCGCUGGAGGUGCGUGCAGAGGAAAGGAGGACUCAAGUGCGCGUGGAUACCUGUGCAGUACCCGAUCAUCACAGACUGCAAGUGCUCGUGCGCCAGCUAGAAACCGGAAGGGACACGAGACUCUGAAAACAAACAAACAAACAAAAGAAAAGAAUAAAUUAUAAGCUCAUUAUUUUUGUGAUUCUUUCUCUCACGUGCACUACCGAGUGUAGGAAUGUAAUUGUCUGUAUAUGCGGUGCCAUGCAGUUCUUAUAUAGCUCACUGUACAGAGUCAGUAUUACCUGUAACCAGAGUCUACUUUAUUUGUGGAGAAUAUUGGUUAUAUAUUUUGUAUUUAUGGAGAUUAUGGCGCAUAGAGCCACGUCAGGACUUCGCUGUUUUCUCUCCCAUAUUUGGAUGAAGCAGCUCGACCUCAGAGUUAAACGUGGCUUACUUUUGUUUUUUUUUGUUUUUUUGUGAUCCAGACUUUGUUUUUAUCCUGUAAAUUAAGGACAUGUGCUAUUUAUUCUUUAUAUUCGUGACAAUAAACCGACACUGAAAUGAUUUUAAAUGUUUUUUUUUCUUCUUCCUUUUCUGUUUGUUCACAUCACAGCCCAGGAUACCUUGGUUUCAUUUUGCUUUGUUUUGUUUUCAGUCACCUGCCACAG